UCGCCAUUUCAGAUUCAGGGGAGCCGUAACUCCCGCGGAGGAACUAGGUCAAUCGAGCGGAGGUACCAGGCUCUGGCCGUUUCUUGACCGAAUACAUCCUCUCACUCUUCUACAUCGUCAAACGGCUCGGUUAUUGUGUUCCGAUGCGUGUUGUCUGGUUGGUGCGAAUGAGUUUUUCCAGCGUGGGCCCGGGCUGAAGUGUCAAGACUACCAGUUGUCGGAUUUUCCUGCUAACAGCUAGCGAGCUAGCUGUGUGUAAACAACGAGGAUGAAGCGGAUGAAAGGAGCUGAGGAGGGCAGCAACAGCUCCUCUAGUAAGAGCCCACCAGAGGCUCGCAAGAAGGUUCGGAAGCAGAUGAGAGAGGAGUCGGAGGCAGUGGCGGCAAGCGAGUCACUAGACUGCGAAUGGGCACGGCUGCCUCAGGAGCUCCUGCUCCACAUCUUCCAGUACCUCCCACUGCUGGACCGGGCUUAUGCUUCUCAGGUGUGUCGCAGGUGGAACCAGGCUUUCCACAUGCCCGAGCUGUGGAGAUGCUUUGAGUUUGAGCUUAACCAGCCUGCAAGCUCUUACCUGAAAGCCACACAUCCAGACCUCAUCAAGCAGAUCAUAAAGAGGCACUCCAAUCACCUGCAGUAUGUCAGCUUCAAGGUGGACAGUAGUACAGAGUCUGCAGAAGCAGCAUGUGACAUUCUUUCACAGUUGGUGAAUUGCUCACUGAAGACUUUGGGGCUCAUCUCAACAGCCAGGCCCAGUUUUAUGGAGGUUCCAAAGUCUCAUUUCAUCUCAGCUCUGACUGUGGUGUUUGUCAACUCCAAGUCGCUGUCUUCGCUGAAGAUUGACGACACGCCAGUUGAUGAUCCGUCUCUGAAGGUGCUGGUGGCCAACAACAGUGACACCCUGAAACUGCUGAAGAUGAGCAGCUGCCCUCACGUCUCUCCAGCAGGAAUCUUGUGCGUGGCAGACCAGUGUCACGGGCUGAGAGAGCUAGCACUGAACUACCACCUCCUGAGUGAUGAACUCCUGCUGGCCCUCUCUUCGGAGAAACACGUCCACCUGGAACACUUGCGUAUCGAUGUUGUGAGCGAGAACCCUGGCCAGCACUUCCACACCAUCAAAAAGAGCAGCUGGGAUGCCAUGGUGCGGCACUCGCCCAAAUUCAACCUGGUCAUGUACUUCUUCCUAUAUGAGGACGAGUUCGGCCCUUUCUUUAAUGAGGAGAUCCCGGUCACACACCUCUACUUCGGCCGCUCAGUCAGCAAGGAAGUCUUGGGCCGCGUUGGCCUCCACUGCCCCCGUCUGGUGGAGCUGGUGGUGUGCGCCAACGGUCUGCGUCCUCUUGAUGAGGAGCUGAUCCGCAUCGCAAAGCACUGCACCCAGUUGUCGGCCAUCGGCCUGGGUGAGUGCGAAGUUUCCUGCAGCGCUUUUGUAGAGUUUGUCAAGAUGUGUGGGCGGAGGCUGUCGCAGCUGUCCAUCAUGGAGGAGGUGCUGAUUCCCGAUCACAAAUACUCCCUGGAUGAGAUUCACUGGGAGGUUUCGAAGCACCUGGGCCGGGUCUGGUUCCCAGACAUGAUGCCGACCUGGUAAAGUAAAGCCAGAGAGGAGUUUGAGUACGUGGUGUCGAACAGUCACAGCCUCCAUGUUUGCACUGAAAAGCCUUUAAAUGCUCAGCUGUAGUGGAAUAUUUGGUGCCAACAUGGAGAGUAUAAGCUUGCUGAGCCCCUGUGUGGAGUGCUGUGCAGGGGAAUAAUGUGGCACCCAACUUCUACACAAUGUUAUCAUGUAGUGCUAACACCACAAAAAUCUCUGCCUGUCAGCUUCUGUGGACUGUGGAAUCCGGCUUUGUCUGAUGCAGAGACAGAAAAGGGCCGGCUGGCUUCUUCACAUAUUAAACAAUCAGCACACAGACCAGCGUGGGUGGAAAUAUUUGACUAAGAAAAGCAAUGUUUUUAUAACUGCAAACUGAGUUAUAUGGACAUUGUAGCUUGGUUAUGAUAAUCUAUAUAAUGAGAGAUGUCAGUGUGUGUAUGUGUGCUUAUGUGUGUCUGUGCGCGCGCGUGUGUUCUCAAUGUUUUUUAACAUUGUGGAGUAAUUGGGGACAAUUAGGUGCACAAUUGCAUGUUGUUAGACUACCACUUGGCCUACUUAAAUCCAGUCUGAGAUAGCAGCUCUGUACUCUGUAACACAAUAAGGCAUUGGAGGUUUCCUAAUGACUGCAAUGUUAUUUGCAUAUAUGAUUUGUUUUGAAGGUGUAAUUGAGCGUGAAUUCACUUCAUUUUGCAGUAGAGUGGCUGGGUCCUUCACCUCAUUUUAAACUAAUUUAAACAGCAGUAGUGUUGAUGACAUCUUGCUUUUCUUCCUCGCCCGAGCGCAGUCACGCAUCAGAGAAGAUGGUUGAUCUUUGAAAAUGUUAGAAGUUGACCAGCAGAGGAAAAAACAGAACAUGUGUAUAUAGGUCUCUAUAUUUGUGAUGUGAAGGUGUACAAUGUUGAUUGAUGUCAUGGGUUUUUUAUUUUCUCCAACAUAUGCAGGUAUUUCUUUACUGCAUCGUGCAUCAAUUGGCUUGACAAAUUACUUUCUCUGUUUUUAUUAAGAAGGCUUCUGUACAGUUAUAUUUCCUAAGCACCUUACAUGAAAACCAAAUAAUUGUUCGGACAAACCAUGUCCUCCUACUGUAAUGAAAGCAAGGAAAUGAGCUUUAUAAUAAUGCUCCAAUUAGUCUUAGUUGGACCCAGAUUUUAAUCUUGAUUAUUUACACUGUGCUGGGCUUCUGAUGAGUCAGAUACCAAGAACAGUAUGUUGAAGUAAUUAAGCUGUAAUUAAUGAUUUUUUAAAAAGCAAUCAGAGAAAUGAUUCUAUGUAAAUAUAAACAGUGCACAGACAUGUCUGAAUUUGGAGGUAGAUGUUGGUCUCCAGCCUUCAUAACUCAGAUUGUUUUGUAAUCACAAUAGACUAGCCUCUUCAGCUAUUAGCUUACAGUACACACUGAGAAUGCAAAACUAAUCCUUUGUGUGUCUCAGGUGCAUUAAAUGAAUAUAUUUCCUAUAUAGGUUUCAUUUGUAUCUUCUGCUAUUUGCCUGUUCAAGUUCUAAACCUGUUGUGAAUAUCUGCCCUCCUAUAAGCCCGCAUUUGCUCUGUAUCAUGUUAUCACCUCACACAUACAGGAGAGGAAGCGGUAUUCAUCGUCUCAUUACAAACACAGUCUUUCCAGAUUUCAUUAGUGCUCCUGUCCCAAACAUCCAUUCAUUUCAGUCAAAAGAAAUUGGCAAGUCAGAUGAGUGAAACAAACUUUUUUUCCUUUAAGAAGGAAGUCAAAUGCAUCUGUAUAUAAAACGCUGUGUGUUUGAUUAUUAUGAAUAGAAAUUUACUUAUUUCUUUAUUUCACCCUCUGUCAGGGUUUGAAGUUUCCUUAACAGCUCGUGUCUUUUAUAAAACCAGAGUGCGAGUUAUCCUUUACUAGAUGGAUCUUUUUCAUACUGUAGUCACUAGAGAAGAUAAGCUGCGUAAUUUAUUGAUAUGGAUACUGCUUUUGUAAUUGAUUUUGUGUUUUUCAGUUAGACAAAAAGAAGCAAUCAUUAUAACCAGCAAGCAGACCAGCACCAAGAUUGGUUUUAUUGGUUUUGACCCUUCCACCUGUCACCAUGGUUUUGUUGCAUGCAGGUAGUUCAGGAGUGUUGAGUUCACUACUAUACAAUUUAGCAUUGAUCAACACAAUAGAGAGAUUUUAACAAGGAAGCGCCACACUCCAUUUAGAGAAUUUAACCCACACUAAAACAGAAUUAAAUUGUACUACCCCUGCUUGAAAUUCAGGAAAACGAAGGAGUGCAGAUUUACAUAAUCUCCACACUUAUCAGAAUCCUGAUCAUCUUUUGGAAAAUUUCAAAAAAGUGAAACAUCAAAAGACAACUGGGAUGUACUUAAAAAAACAGCUGGAGUGACAUAGAUUUUAAAAAUCUGUAGAAAUGGGUAGAAGGCACUUCAGAUAUUGAGAAAUUACUUGCAAAUUCACAAAGCUUUUGACUUCUGACAGCAUGUUUUUGAAAGCUGUGUAAUUGAAUGUAAGAUAUAAUUAGUCAAAAAUGUAUUUUUAUAAAUAGUUAUUGGUAGUGAACAAACCUUUGGAUGUCACUGUAUGUCAUAGGAUCUAUGUCAAACCCAGAUUUUGCGUUAUUUUUCCACCAGACAGAAUUCCUUGUAUCCAUAAUUUUCAUGUAAACAUUUCAUGUAGUCAAACAAUAACACAAACUAAAAUGAGACACUUAAUUGCAAGAAGUGCGGUUCCUUCUUUGUAGUAUUUGAACUAACAUAGUCUAUUGAUAGCAUUGGUCUCUGAUCAUUGAAGUAGAUACAUGUGCUGAUUGUCUGUGCUCAUGUACAUUAGCAUCUCAACGGUACAGUAACAUAUCUCCUGAUUGUCUUUCAUCAUUUGUGCAAUGGCUGUGACAGCAGCUCUGAAGUGAAGGCUAUGUCUCAAUAUUCGACUGGUUCUAACCAUUUUCCUUUUGCCUUUAUUGGCUUUUAUUGAAAAAUUCAGCUGAAUGAGUUUAACAUGUUGCACAUAAGCACAGAUUAAGAAGGACAAUCUAUUUAUCUUUCAUUAUAAAAACCCUUUUGUCAAUAACUGUUAUUUUAACCUCAUUGGUUCAGAAGAAUCCUCCAGUAAGUCUUAUUUGGAGUAAACUGGUGUUAAGAAUGCUGUCUUUACUUUAGUUUCUGUAGGGCAAAUGCUUUGUCGACUUUGCUUUACUGGUCACCUGUCUUGAAAUUAAAAUUAUUGUUUUGGAUAUGUGCUCUUAUACCGGUAAUAAAAAUUUGUGAAUGUA